CAAUCCACAAACCCCAUUUUCUAUCUACUUCUCGAAACCCUAAUCGAUCUCUCCCUCCCUCUCUCUCUCUAAGCUUACGCUUUCUCUAUUUCUUCCUACGAAACUAUGCGAUUUUCUCAAAUCUACGUCGAAUUCCAGCUCGCUUUGGUGAGCGUCCGCUGGGGGUUUUCUUAGUGGAUCAAUUUUCAUAUUUUUUCUUUUCGGAGGUGAAACUUGAAGAGCAUGGAGGGGUCCGUCUCUGCGGCGGAGGAUCUCGGAGCUCCGCCGGAGUCGUGGGAGGUGGCUGACCUCGACGCCAGCGUGCGCCGCCUGAUGCUUUCUUCUUCCAACGACUCUAGUGCUCAAUGUGACCUCGCCGAUUCUUCUUCUGCUUCAGCUCCGAAUUCGGAGUCUGCGUCGAGUAGCUCAGCCCUUGCUUCGGUUGUUCCCGAAGAUGUCGUCAAUUCCGUUGAUCAGUUUCUCCGGGAGGCUUUGCAAAACCCUCGGGAGCGCCUUUCUGUUCUAAGAAUGGAGCAGGAUGUUGAAAAGUUCAUUAAGGAUCCAACUCAGCAACAGAUGGAGUUCCAACAGCUUCCUACCUCGUACUUGCGAUUGGCAGCUCAUCGUGUAGCACAGCACUACUCACUGCAGUCAACGGUCUUAGUAGACAGUGGUGUGCCAGAUGGUUCUGCUUCAAGAAUUAUUGUACGCAAAACUUCUGAAUGUCGGUUGCCUUCAAUUCGGCUGGCUGAUAUUCCAGUAACUUUUCCCCAGGAUGACGCAGGUGCUAUCAAGGUUGCUAUUAAACAGAGACCACAGAAAAAUUCUCAGGCUGCUGGCAGUUCUGGUUCACAUUCUCAAAAGAAUAGGACUCCAAAAAGUGUGGAGGAAAGAAAGGAGGAGUACAACCGGGCUCGAGCACGGAUUUUUAACUCUAAUAAUUUAGGCAGGGAUGCUAAUGAAAAACCAGAAAAUGAAACAAGAAGGCUGGACACUUUCCAGCAUAUUUCAUUAGGAAUGUCAGGGAUAGAAGACAAAACCAAUUUGACAGGGGGUUCUGAUGUGAAUAUUGGCAGGGGUUCCCUUGAUUUAUCACUUGGUAGCGGUAGGUCAGUUAGAGGUAGAUCUGACAAGGAGCCUAUCAGUAGAACCAAAACUGGUAAUAGGGUGGCCAUAUUCAGGGAUCGGGAAAUUGAUCUCAAGGAUCCUGAUUACGACAGGAGUUAUGACAGAUAUAUUCAGAGAUUCGAUCCUGGAUUUGGGUUUUCUGGAGGACCAUAUGGUAUUCAACCCAUGUAUGCCCCUGCUGUGAACUACAACACCGAGUUUCCACAACUUGGAUCUGCACAUCGACCUGUUAUCUCCACUGAGCACCCAUCUCACCAACUUCCCCAACACUUACCUGGGCCAUGGGCUACUCCAUCAACUCCUGGCAUUGGUUAUGUUCCAACGGAGACCAUGAUUCCUCCAUUUGGUCCCAAUCAUGUUGUCAUGCAUUCAAACUCUGCUUUAUACUUGCACUCAGCUCAGUAUCCACGUCAGCACCCUGGAAUGCCCUUCAUCCAUCAUCAUGAACAAGUUCAAGGUCACCCAUCCUUUUCACAGUCUCAUCAGCAGCUUCUGGAGCGAAGUUUUGGAUUGGCCCGGCCCCAAUAAGGGGCGUAGGCCAUGCCUGCAUCCUGCCAUAUUUCAAGGGAGCUGGACGUGCUGCACUUUUAUUGCAAAUGGCAGGAUGUAGGCAUAUGCAGCCGAGGGCUUGUUGGAGUGCAUACGCAAACUUGGCAACUAUUCUCUUCUAUACACUCUUCAUGGACCUUGGCUUUAUUGAGCUCCUGAGUUUGAGGAAGCUCUUCCUGAGAGUUCCAUUGUUAAUGAUACUCCUGGAGCCCUGAUUGCAAUCAAUAGAGAUGAUGGUGACAAUUGAAGGAACAAGAAGUUAGAGCUGUAAAGGCAGGCCUGUUCUUUGUUGGUUGAUGUACCUCUGACAUGAUGCCUUCAGUUGAUAAUGCUCCUCCACCAAAGUAAAGCAUGGAAGAAAUAUGCAGUUUGCUGAGGGACAUGUCAAAAAGCAGCAGGUAGAGAGGUAGAGCUGUGAUAGCUGUAGGGCUAUGAUAGUAGGAAACUCUGGUUCCCUAAUGAUUUCUCUGUACAUGAAAUUGAACACAUCGAAAUAUUCAUCUAUCAUAUGCGUCCUCCAACUCCUGUUAUCACCAACUGCAUUUUUUUGCCCCAUACUUGUACUCUUUUAGUCGAUUGUCUGCAAUGCUGUCUUUAUUUGCGUCUU